GGCCAUUCCAAGUGCAGUGGAACGUCCAAACUCAUCGCGCCCACGCCGCAGGGAGAGUUGUGAUGAGGAUCUAUAUUCACCUCGAACCGACCAGCGAGUACGCCGAAUGGACUUUUGUGUGCAAAGCACCGCUGACGCACGUCCACGAAGCAGUAUCGGCAUUCGCAGACGCGUAUAAUCGAAAGUUUACUGCUGUGACGCAUCGUCUGUGCCCGACGUCACUCACAGUAACACUGACGAAUUCCAAGAAACCCGUCGACCCGAACAAGAAGAUCUCCACACUCCUCGAUGAAGCCGACUCGUGCGAGCUGACAUUAGAGCCCCAAACACCGCAACCCGUCCCAACUUUAAGCCAACCAACCACGACACAUGCCUCAGCGGAUGGAACCGACUUGAUUCUCGCGCAAGCUGCAAAGCAUAAGCAAAACCAGGCGUGGAGGUCGGCCAAAGCACUGUGGGAGGUGGUGCUGGCCGACAUGGAUCCGGUCAACGUCGUCGCGAUGCAGGGGAUGGUUGACCUGUACGUUCAAAGCUCGCAGUGGACGAAAGCAAAGGCGUGGACUGCCAAGAUGCUACCCCUCGUGACCACCACGGCCAAAGCAGCAGUUCGUCUUCAGUCGGCCAAAUGUGACGUGCGCCUCAAGCAGUAUGGCCAAGCUGUGAUCAUUUUGCAAGAGCUCUUGUCCGACCCAAAUUUAUCGCCAAGUGCUCAUCACGACGCCACCAUCCUGCUCGCGCACGCCUUGUACCAUGGUGGACAGAGGAAAGAACAGGACGUGGCGAUUUCGAUUCUCGUUAGCAUGCUCCAGGAAUCAAAUGAGUCCGACAUGGAUGCGAUGGCAUUGUACAGCGAGAUUGCCCACGAUCGAGGCAAGCCGUCGGAAGCUAUUCAGAUGAUUUUGAAGGUGUUGGUCGAUCGCCCCAAAGAUAAACGAGUCCAAGCGGCCUGCGCUGCUUUCCUCGACGCGCCAAAUGGCUUUGCCUACCUCCGAGCAGCGCUUGACCCGACUGGACCGUCGACUGCCCCGGCAUAUGCGUACUUGGCUUCGGUGGCAAAAGACCAUGGCGCCAUGAACGCGUCCAUACAGUGUUUUCAGCAAGCUGUGGCGCAGUGUCCUCGCGACGUCAUGUUUGGUCUGAACUACGUGCAUGCGCUGGAAGUGUGUGGUCGGUACGCCGACGCGUAUUUGUUUAUCAAGCGCUAUGUCGACAGCAAUUCCACCUUCGCGGUGGGCAAUACCCUUACGUGCAGCGACGUCGCCGCUGUACUGGUGCCUUUUGCGACGCUAGACGACGCAAGGGGUCCGCUGAGUGCGGAUGCUUCCAUCCAGUGGAAAGGAACGCACGUCUGUGUCCGCGAGAACGACUUCAAGUUCCAGCGCCCGGUCGCCGACAAGGUCGACUUGACAAGCGAGCAGCUCGACUUGCUUGCAAUGCUCUGCACACUUGUCAAGAUUCUAUAUCUGCAAGGAUGCCUGCGACCUCUGCCAGCCUUGCUCGAUGUGAUGGAACCGGUGCGCUUCCACUAUGGCCACCUCCUCCACACCACAUCGAUUCGCAACGAACAUGCAUACUACUCGUGUAUAACUCAAUUGGUGUCCAUCGCGCCGCUCUGCCCCGACGUCCCACGCACGGCCAAGCCCAUCUACGUGUGUGGGGAUUCCCAUGCCCUGGCAACGGCAUGGCGCUCUGUCAAAGUGCACUCCACGGAGCGCCUCUUGAUUCCAGCCUUGGUCACUGGCCUCAAACAUUGGCAUCUCCGACACGAGUCGACCUUCUACCCGAAAGUCCACUUUUUCAACGUGGUCAACACAAUUCCUCGCGGCGCUACCGUCGUGUUCAUCUUUGGCGAGAUCGACUGCCGCGAAGGGCUGCUUGUGGCCGUCGAGAAAUGUCGCUACGAGACCCUUGGCGACGGCAUCGCACACACCGUCUCGAUCUUCAUGGACGUCCUCGAGCGCCUCGUAGCGACCCAUGGCUUUCAUGCGCUGAUCCAUCCCGUCGUCCCCGUGCUCAACGAAACGCGUCACAUUGUCCAGCAAUACAACCGCGUGUUUCAAGCGAGGGUGGCCGCCAGUGGGUUUUGCAACUGGAUGGACAUCUUUGACAGUCUCUUGACCCCGACCUACCAACUGCAGGAGGCGUAUGCGCUGGACGGAACCCACCUCCAUCCGUCGUAUUUGCAUCUGUGGACCGACGCGCUCGAGCCGCACACGGACCGAACAUGACCGCGGUGUUGUCCACACCUCACUCGACCUGAUGCAUUCGGCUAGAACCCCAGUAGACGAACCGAAUGACGAAUCCAUAGUGCUUAUCCACACACGUCCCGCGGUGCCACAGCGCGUCAGCCUUGGCCAUACAAACCCAAAACGAUGGACGAGGGAUGGCAAUGUCUUUAUUGGAGCUACGACGCCCCGCUCGCG